GCUAACCAUCUGAAACGGCCAGUGGGAACCCUGUUUUUGAACCUGAUGAAGUCGGAGGACGUAGAUAAGGCAGUCGCGGCCGAGGACGAAGAGCAGCAUAAGUUGAAAUGCAAGAAAGCUGGCAUCAAACUCAAGUACUACACUACUUUUUGAUGCUACUUGUUGUUCUGCUUCGUGUAACAGGAGGUCGUACUAGCAUUAGUAGUAGCUGCAUUAGUCUAAUCGCUCGAUGUAGUACUAGUAGUAGUACUAGUAGUAAGUAAUAGAUUAGUUGUAGUCAGUAGGGUGAUCUUGAUAGUAUUGGUAGAUUAGACAUAGCAGUGGGUUGAACAAGAAUAGGGGUCGUGGCAGUAUUACUAGGCUUAUUAUAUUCCUCUAUUAAUAGGGCUGAAGAUCAUCUUCUUACCACGGUAUCAGCAGUCUGCACCACUUCAUUGGUGCUGUACUACGCUUACUUGGGUAGCACGUACUUGCUAUGAAGAGUCUCGUUGUAUCUAGUAAAGUUACACCAUCUCUAACGCUUCAACUCCAAGCUCUUUCAAAUCGGAGAUGAUAACGCAUCUCCAACCCUCUCUUUAAGUUGCAUUUCAACCCAAAUUCGAGCGAAAGCACGAAAUCUUGUGAGUUUGAAGUUUGAAUUUGGGCGAAUCCUCGAAAAAAUGGCUUUUUAUCGCCUUUUUCUCGAAUUCAUUUCCUGGCGAGCUCUUUUCUUGUUACUUGUUUCAAGAUUAGACCAGACUCCUAGAACGUGCCAGACUUCAGGCAUGCUAUCUAAUGGAAGCUAGAUUGCUAUGUAGUCUUACACAUUCUACUAAGCACAGCUUAACAUGACUCUUAACUUUAGGUUUGAGAUUCUAGAACUCUGAGUUGUUACAGCUUCUAGAAGUCGAAGCUUUCUGCUAUUCAUGAAUCUUCAUUGCACUGCAGCUAGAUAUCGCUCCUAUUACUGUAGAAACUCUAACGACUUGCUACCCAUCGCCUGCUGGUGGAAAUGUGGCAGUCUUCUUCAACGUUUGUUGUAUCUCGUACUUGUAGCUCGAUCAUAUAUUGACUAGUGGCUUCGUCUUAGCAUGCACCUUCUUGAUAUUAGUACUCAUACAUAGGAUUAGUAAGAUGAGCACGUUCAUCUUCAAGGGCUCACCUUAAGGGCACUGCUGCCCGCAAGAAAAGAAAGUCCACUCCUGGUGCAGGAAGUGAGUUUCUAUUCCCCUUAAGCUUAAAGAAAGCCUCUUCUAAGAAGGCUCUUUAACAUAAGUUGGCUAACAUAAUAGUGCUCCUACUUUGAGGUUCUUGCUUCUUCGGGCACCCCCCUACGGGGUCUUCGACUAUGAUGAAAAGAGCGUCGCGCCUCCUAAUCCAGUUCGUGGCCCACGCCCUAGCCCCCGGCACUAGUUCAAAGCCAAAGCCUAGUCUGGUUCCCAGCCCGCGUCGUGGUCUCCCGGUCCGUGUCCAGACCCUAGCCCGGGCCCCAGUGGGGGCUCUACUCCAUCUUUUGGCCCUUGUUCUAGCCUUGUUGUAGCCCAGGUUUUAAAUUAGUCCAUGCAGUGCCCCAGGCCCGAUCCAUGUCGUCCUAGACCAUCUUCUACCCCAUAAGGACUUAGCUCUGGUGGCCGUAUUCCAGCGCAUGUUCUGGUCCGUGAGCUCGACCAAGGUCUAGUCCAUGUUGUGGCCCGUGGGGCCCUUAUCUCUCCCUAUUUGCUGGAAUGUGUUUGUAGUGGGUUCCUCUUCGGUGUUUCCUGGUUGCAGUCUCGAGACCCGCGGGCCCCCGGUGGCUCCGCGUGCUGGGAGCGUAUGGCUCGUGAUUCCAUUUUUGAAUUCGAACGAACAAGGGCUAGUAUUGCUAACGAUAACAACCAGUACCUAAAUAGAGCCCAGGGACAUGACGCCGAGAGCUGAAGUAAGGCGCUGCUCUUUCAUGCUUUUUGAGUUAUCGUGCUUCUUGUGACAGGGCCUAGCACUAUUAUAUUAGAGUAGUUUAUAGAACGGAUGUAGGAUGGACUUGGAUGGAUCGGAUGGACCGUCCUGAUUCUUCCGGUCAUACUUGAAAUGUUGGGAAGUCCAUCCGUUCCAUCCGAUCCAUCCCCUCCCGGAUCUGGCACCCCUAUAAACUGCUCUAUUAUAUAUUAGCACUAUUAUAUGUUAGGCUUUGAGGGGUGCUUGUAACUUAAAACUAACCGCAGCUUCUCUAGUAGUAGUAUUAGUAGUCUGGUAGUAGUGGCAGCAGUGGUAGUAGUUGUAGUAGUCGUAGCCGUAGUAGUAGUAGUAGCCGCGGCGGUAGCAGUAAUAGGCGUCGUCGUCGUAGUCGUCGCCGUGGUCGUAGUCGUAGUAUUAGUGGCGGUAGUACAGUAGUAGCAGCAGGAGUAGCAGUAGUAGCAGGGGGAGUAGUAGCAGCCGCAGCAGUAGCAGGAGUGGCAGUCGUAGUAGGAGCAGUAGUAGCAGUAGUAGCAGUAGGAGUAGGAGUCGGGUGCCGAGUCGUAGCAGUAGUCGUAGCAGCCACUUGUUCACCGGUGUUGGACUAGGCUUAAUUAGGCAGCAGGUGCUUGCUAUGUCGUUGUAUCUAGUAGAUUUACACAAUCUCUAACGCUUGAGCCCCAAGUUUUUUCAGAUUUGAUAUGAUAAUACAUUCCCAAACUUCACUCUUACUUCUAAAUUGCAUCUCGUCCCAUAUUCAUGCGAAAGCUCGAAAUCAGGUGAGUUUUUGAAGUUUGAACUUAGGCGAAUCCUCGAAAAAAUGGUUUUUUAUCGCCUUUUUUUGGAAUUCAUUUCCUGGCGAGCCCUUUUCUUGUCACUUGUUUCAAAAUUGGACCAGACUCCAAGAAUGUGCCAGACUUCAGGCGUACUAUCUAAUGCAAGCUAGAUUGCUAGGUAGUCUUACACAUCCUGUGUUAUAACGUAGCAAACUUCUACUAAGCACAGCUUAACAUGACUUUUAACAUUAGGUUUGAGAUUCUAGUAGAACUCUGACUUGUUAUAACUCCUAGAAGUCGAACUCGAAACUUUCUGCUAUUCAUCAUGAAUUUUCACUGCCUUGCAGCUAGAUAUCGCUCCUACUACCGUAGAAACUCUAACGACUUGCUACCCAUCGCCUGCUGGUAGAAGUGUGGUAGGCUUCUUCAACUUUUGUUGUAUCUAGUACUUGUAGCUCGAUGAUAUGGCUAGUGGCUUCGUCUUAGCAUGCACCUUCCUGAUAUUCGUACUUAUACAUUUAGGAGUAGUAAGAUUAGCACGUUCUCUAAGGGCUCACCUUGAGGGCACUGCUUUCUACAGGAAAAGAAAAUCCACUUCUGGCGCAGGAAGUGAGUUUCUAUUCUUUUAAGAAAGCCCGUAAGUAGAAGGCUCUCUAACGUAUGUUGGCUAAAUACGAGUCCUACUUCGAGAUUCUUGCUCCUUCGGGCACCCCCCUAAGGUGUCUUCGACUAUGAUGGAAAGAGCGUCGCGCCUCCUAAUCCAGUUUCUGGCCCACGCCCUAGCCCAGGCACUAGUCCGGAUCCCAGCCCCGGUCGCAGUCCUGACUGUAGUUCCGGCCCUAGUCCGGGGCCUGCGCCUGGGGUGCAUCCUAGCCCGGGUCGCGGUCCCGACUGUGGCCUGGAGCUUGGUCUGGAUCCCAGCCCGGACCGUGGUCUCAGCUGUAGUCGUGGCCCUGGUCCGGCGCCUGGUUUGAAUCCCAGCCGGGAGCGGAGUCCCGGCUGUAGCGCCGGCCUUAGUCCGGGGCUUGGUCGGGAUCCCAACCUGGGUCGCAGUUCCGACUGUAGUUCCGGCCCUAGUCAGGGGCCUGGUCUGGAUCCCUGCCCGCAUCGUGUUCCCGGUCGUAGAACCCGCCCUGGUCCGGGGCCUGGUCUGGAUCCCAGCCCGGAUCGCAGUCCUGGCUGGUGUAGUCUGGGGCCUGGUCUGGAUACAAGUUUGGAUCGUAGUCCCGGAUGUAGUCCCGGUCCGUGUCUGGACCCUGGCCCGGGUCCCAGUGCGGGCUCCACCUAUGGUCCGUCUUGUGGCCCAUGUUGUAGCCCAGUCGUAGGCAACAAUGUUCUAAAUGCGUCCAUGCGGUGCCGCGGGCCCGGUCUAUGUCUUAGACCAUGUUCUACCCCAUGAGUUCGUCCAGCCCGUAUUCUAGUCCAUCAUGAGCGAGUCCAAGGUCUAGCCCAUGUUCUAGUCAAUGUGGUGGCCGCCCGGGGGGCCCUUAGUUCUCCCUCUCUGCUGGAAUGUGUUUGUAUUGGGUUCCUCUCCCAGGUUCUUGGAUUCAGUCUCGAGACCCGCGGGCCCGCGCUGGGCCCGCGUGCUGGAAGCGUAUGGUUAGUGAUUCCAUCUUUGAACGACGGGCUCGUACUGGUAACAAAAACGCCCUCAAUCUAAGUAGAGCCCAGGGACAUGAUCAGGCCGAAAGACGAAGUGAUACGUUCCUCGUUCAUGCUUCUUGAGUUGUGCUUCUUGUGGUUGUGACAGGGGCUAGCACUAUUAGGAGUAGUAGAAGUAGAUAGAAGUUGGUCGUCGUAUUACAAUAACUACAGGUUUAUCAUAGCAGUAUGUUGGGCAUGGUAGAAGUACGUAGGUUUUUCAUGAGUGUAGUAGGUUGAUAGUAGUGCGUAGCAGACUACUGAUGGCAGUAGCUUGAUAGUAGUGCGUAGCAGACGGUUCGUGGCAUGAGCUUGAUAUUAGUAGCAUUAGUCGUCGCAGUUGUAAGAGUAUCGGCGUCCUUAGUAGUAGGAGUCUGAAUGAGUCGAUGAAUACGUCUAGAAUGGUCGAAGCAGUAGAUUAACCGUAGAAGUCGUAGUAGUGGGAGUAGGCUUACAGAAUUUCUGCUGUAGUGAAGCUAUUGAUGCCACGUGUAAUGCUGAUCGUGUCACACGCACCAUUAUACUGACGUCAAUGGACGAAAUCUACAACACUUCAUUGGUGUAUUAUGCUUAUUAAGGUAUGAGAAACUUCAGCUCGCUAUGAUGUCGUAGUGUCUAGUUGUAAAUCUACUCAAAGUAAUGCUUCAACUCCAAGCUCCUCUUUUCAGAUUUGAGAUGAUAACGCUCUAAGUUACCUGAUCUCGUCCCAAAUUCAUGCGAAAUCUCGAAAGCUUUCGAGUUUGAAGUUUGAUUUUGGGCGAAUCCUCGAAAAAAUGGUUUUUUAUCGCCUUCGUGUUGAAUUCAUUUCCUGACGUGCCCUUUUCUUUUCACUUGUUUCAAGACUAGAGAAGAUUCCAACAAGACACCAAACUUCAACCAUGGUAUCUCUUCUGUAAGCCAAGUUGCUACGUGUGUUAACGUAGCAAACUUCUACUAGGUACAGCUUAUAAUCAUGACUUCUAAGCUUGAGAUUCACGACAACAUUAAGAAUGGACGCAAUCUACACCAUUUCAUUGGUUUACUAAGCUUACUAAUAAGUAGCAUACACUACUUGCUAUGUCGUUGAGUCCAAUAAAUCUCCUCAAACUGUUCUGUAAUGUUUCUUCAGCUCGAAUCUCUUUUGACGGUUGAGAUGAUAAUGCAUCUCUAAACUUUACCCUAAGGUACAUCUCAUCUCAAAUUCAUGUGAAAGCUCGAAAUUCUUCGAAUUUCAAGCCUGAAUUUGGGUGAAUCCUCGAAAAAAAGGUUUUUUAUGACUCUUUGGCUCAAAUUCAUUUCCUGGCGAGCUCGUUUUUGCUCACUUGUUUCAUGAUUAGAUCAGACUCCAAACGCACCGAUGAUUUCAGUCAUGCUACCCAAUACAGAGCAGAUUACUACGUAAUCCUACACAUUUUGUGUGUCAUAGGAGCGAAAUUUAUCUAUGCGCAGCUUAUCAUAACAGCUCCUAGUAGUAGAAACCUUCUUCGCUUCAUGAAUUUUCGAUGUUUUUCAGAUGGAUUCCAUUACAAUUAAAUAGUAUUACAGGCUAUGAAUCCUAAUGACUUGUUUUCAUCUUCAACUUUCGUUGUAACUUUUUUCGUGCAUUUAGAUCUUAUGGAUAGUGUUUGCAUUUUAGCACUCACCUGGAUAUGGUUGGUCCUAACGCAAAAAAAAAGAAAAUGGUGAUUCCAUCUUCUUCUUUGAUGACCCAAACUCAAUCAAAACUUCAGGGACAUCAAGCCAAAAGCUGCUCUCAGUAAAGCCGUAGCCAAACCGAAGGCGAG